CUUGCUAACCAGUCAUACCUUGCUAGCCAGUCAUACCUUGCUAGCCAGUCAUACCUUGCUAGCCAGUCAUACCUUGCUAGCCAGUCAUACCUUGCUAGCCAGUCAUACCUUGCUAGCCAGUCAUACCUUGCUAGCCAGUCAUACCUUGCUAACCAGUCAUACCUUGCUAGCCAGUCAUACCUUGCUAGCCAGUCAUACCUUGCUAACCAGUCAUACCUUGCUAGCCAGUCAUACCUCGCUAGCCACACACGCUAAAUAUCCCCCUUACAAGAACACUGAAGAACACUGAAGAACAUAGCACGGAACCCGGAAGAUAUACAUAAGAGGCCCCAGUGUGUCCACAAACCCACCGCUUAUCUAUCAGCCAACACACAAUUACCGGCGGAUCAAAGAGGGUCACGUAAACAGACCUCCUCGGGUGCGUCACCGCGUAACAGCUCCACUAAGGAUUAGAAUCGCGCGUGAACCAACCUUAUAGAACAUGUCGGUUAGGUAGAUUGUUGCAUGAGUUUGAUGUGAGACUCAUAUGCCUUCCGUGUUACCCUCGUGAUGUCUAUAUGUAUGUCAUGCCCACAACCCCCUAUAUAAGGAGCAUUUAGUCAGGUUAGACCUCAGAUUAGCCAGCACUCUGCUCGCUUGCUAUACACCCAGUUGUCCUUCCCUAGACAACAUGGGCAGAACAUUCAUCUUUGCUACUAAAACAAGUGCUGGACAUAAACCAUUAGAAAAAUAAGUGUGGAUUGAAAUUAAAGAAAGACAAUCUGAUUUGACUAAGGGAUUAUGAGUGAACAGAAAAAAUAAGAAGAGGAACAUUGAGGCGCUAGAACCAUCAAACAUCGCCAUGCAGACAGUCUAGAAAAGCCGAGGCUGACCCAACUCCUGACACCCACAAGAAGGGUCGUGUUUCUUGGCGGCGUGAGGGGCAGGAGGCAGUGAAGUGACGAUGAUGUGCUGCUGGACAGUGAUGUUCCCCCCGCCGGGCCAUUCCUCCUCCUCCUCCUCCUCCUCCUCCUCGCCAUCAUCAUCCAGUUUUUCCUUUCUCCUUCUUCUUCUCCUACAGUUUUUCCUCCUUCCGUCUUUCCUGCUCUUUGGCGUCACCAGAGCGAAUGCAGGGUCAGCGCGGGUCUUGGUGAAUGGGGAGAGACCAGGUGAACGCAACGCUACACCGCACGCCCCCGCCCCCCACGCCUACCCCCGCAUCAACAGGCAGCUUCCCAGCUUCUCCUAUCGGACCGGCAGCCUCCGCCAGAUCACGCCCGGCGCCCAUAUCUCGCGGGUGUUGGACAAUCUUCUGCUGGGAUACGAUCAGAAGCUGCGGCCGUCCUUCGGGGGGGAGCCUACCACGGUGGAGAUAGACAUCGAGGUUCGGAGCAUGAGCCAGAUCUCCGAGAUGGACAUGACAUACUCCAUGGAUUGCUACUUCCGUCAGUCAUGGGUGGAUGAGCGCCUCGCCUUCUCGGGGGUGGACGCCGCCGCCAUCUCCCUCUCCGUGUCGGCGCUGGACAAGCUCUGGAAGCCCGACACUUUCUUCCACAACGGCAAACGAAGCUAUGUCCACCUCAUCACCACACCCAACAAGUUCAUCCGCCUAGCCAAGACCGGCCGCAUCCUCUACUCGUCCAGAUUAGGGCUGAAACUGCACUGCAUACUCGAGGUGCGGUCUUACCCUGUCUCUGUGUCCCUGUGUCCUGUGUCUCUGUUUCUCUUCGCCUACACCACCCGUGACGUACUGUACCGCUGGAAUAAAGCUCGUCAGGUCGUCACGGCGCCCGACCUGAUGCUGUCCCAGUUUGACCUGAUCGCCACGCCCUCAGGCUUCGAAAACACCACGCGACGAACAGGCGAGUUCUCCACCUUGCUGGCGUCCUUCCACCUACAGCGCCACAUGGGUAACUUCCUGAUCACGGUGUAUGGCCCCUGUGUUCUGCUCGUUGUGCUAUCCUGGGUGUCCUUCUGGCUGAACAGGGAAGCCACCUCCGACAGGAUCUCCCUCGGCAUAACCACAGUGCUCACCAUGACCUUCUUGGGCCUGGAGGCACGCACCGAUCUCCCCAAGGUACCGUACUCCACCGCCCUCGACCUCUUCGUCUGGAUAUCGUACGGGUUCAUCUUCGCUACCAUCAUCGAGUUCGCCUUCGUCCACCUCUUCACGAAGGUCGGGUCGGGCGAGGUGUAUCUCUCCUACUGUAGCUCCGAGGAUGAUGAUGAGGAGGAUGAAGACGACGAGGAUGAUGAUCACGACGAGGACCAAGACGAAGAGGAAGAGGAGAAGGAAGAGGAAGAGGAGGAGGAGGAAGAGGAAGUGGUAUUGGGGGUUGGAGACACGACGCAGGAAGAGGGAAAGGGGAACGAACACCAGGGGAGGGAAAUGCAACAAACUCCAGUGAAGAACGCCUCGGUAUGCCUGGCGACGAUGCGCGGAGUGGCGGUCCUACCCCUGGCGCCCUAUGCUAUGGGGCCAAACGGGGUGGGGUCCUCCCGCCUCAGAAGCCCCAAACCUGGCGGGCCCCGGUGCUCCUCCUCUGUGGUGCGGCGCCUGACGGGACUGUGUGGCCGACGGAAGCGAAGACAGGUCCUGGGACACUUCUCCAAGGAAAGGCGGCAGGAGGAGCGAAGCAGCGCGGGCAGCCUGGAGGAUUGGCGGAGGGAGAGGGAGCGAGAGGGGAGCAAGGCGGGCUGUGGGGUCGCCAAGUUCCAGCUUCAGGCCAACUCCGUCUCCAGCAUCGACAAGGUCUCCCGCGUCCUGUUCCCGCUGGCCUUCCUCGCCAUCAACCUUGUCUACUGGCUCACCUUCCUCUCCCACGACCCAUGGCCCUCCUCCCAUCUAUAGAGCAGUACCUUGGCCCUCUCUCUGAACCCAAUCCGAUCCGACGUUUUCAAAUUUUCACGCCUAGCAUCGUACUCAUUUAUCUGAACAACGAUAACGCUCAUGAACACUAAGUACUGGAACCGAAUCAAUAGUGUAAAACAAUGAUGAAUGAUGACUGAAAAGAAGCUAAUGGAAAGUUAUUAAAAGUGUAUCGUUUUGAUCGAAAUGCCUGAGGGAAGGCCAGAUUUGUCCCCCUCUGAUCGAAUAGGGUUAAAAAACACACACACACACACACACACACACACACACACACACACACACACACACCUCUUAAGCCCCGUUCACACCGUGCCGUCUCUGGGCCACGACAACCCAGCGACUUUCCUAUUUGACAAGCUGGUUCCCACGCUCCAAGAAGGGUCGGGGGAGGUUUUAUUGGGGUCUUGGUGUAUUGCCGACUGUCUGGGACAUUCGGCCAACUAUACAAGUCUCAAGACCUCUUCCAAGACAGGCCCGACCCUUUCACAUCAACACCCAAGACCUCGUGUACCCUAGAGUCGUGGGUAGUCGUGGGUAGUCGUGGGUAGUCGUGGGUAGUCGUGGAUAGUCGUGGGUAGUCGUGGGUAGUCGUGGGUAGUCGUGGGUAGUCGUGGGUAGUCGUGGGUAGUCGUGGCCCAAAGUCGGAACAGUGUGAACGGGGCUUUACCAUACCCCUUCUUUUCCUUAAGGCCUGCCAACUGCCAUGUCCAUUUCCGACUUCCCAUUUCAAGUUCAGAAUGUUGAGUGUCACCGCGCUGCCCUUAUUACACAGACUCCCGAGCCAAUUGUUCGUUUCCUAGCCCAACGUGCUGUGCCCCGGGCCUCUGUAUCCUUCAUUUAGUACACGAUACUCUCACCGCCUAGAUGUUUGGUCAGGGACUUUGCCUCAGUAUAAAAAAUAUCCCAAACACCAAGGUAUAGUACAAUCAGUCAUCUGGGGGCGCGUUGAUUCACCCAAAGUCUAAUAAUAUGAUUAGACUUUGGAUUCACCCACCCUAUGCGCCCAUACCCGGGGUCUCCUCCGAGCAAGGCUUCAUGCAAGACAGGAUCCACUGGGCGUACUCAAGCCUCGAUCCCCUUUGGCAUUCUCCGCACAGGAUGUCUUCUACAGAAACAACUCGGUGAGCAUGCAGGGUCGACUUCUGGAUAGCGUGCCACCUCCUCGUAUAGCCGGAGCUGGCUCACACGCCUUUUGAAAAUCCAAAUAAACUACGUCAUAGAUUGAGAAGAGGUCGUUAUACAAGGUAAGUAGGUUAGGUACACAGAAUGCACUUUCCAGACUAUGUUUUAUUGGAUUAUGUUAUGUUGUUUGAUGAGUUUGGACAGGCUGGGGCACUGGUUGGUGAGACCUUUCGAUUCUUUGCCUGACGGUUCACCCUAGCAUGGCUCAUAGGGAAAGGUCAGCCAGGUAAGAAAUCCAGGUAAGGAUCACUUGUUUUGGAAGCUGUGUUGUGAAUCCUUGGUUAGGGAAGGACCUUUAACCCGUUAGCAGCGACGGGCCAAAUUUGUGGCUUUACCGUGUAGCAGCGACGGGCCAAAUUUGUGGCUUUACCGUGUAGCAGCGACGGGCCAAAUUUGUGGCUUUACCGUGUAGCAGCGACGGGCCAAAUUUGUGGCUUCACCGUGUAGCAGCGACGGGCCAAAUUUGUGGCUUUACCGUGUAGCAGCGACGGGCCAAAUUUGUGGCUUUACCAUGUAGCAGCGACGGGCCAAAUUUGUGGCUUCACCGUGUAGCAGCGACGGGCCAAAUUUGUGGCUUUACCGUGUAGCAGCGACGGGCCAAAUUUGUGGCUUUACCGUGUAGCAGCGACGGGCCACAUUUUUGCCAUGAUAUAAACCCCCAAAAAUAGAUGAUACAUAAACUGAUCACAAGUGCUUAGAUAUAUAUUAUGAAAUGGUUUCCGUGAGUGAUGAUUUUUUCUCAUUUUUCUCGCUUAGAGGGACCAUUAAGAAACAUGAUCCCUGCUGCUACCGGGUUAAAACAGCUCACUAUUUUGUCUCUAUGCCCUCCGGUAGCUUGCUUACCAUUCAGGUUAGACUAAUGGGCUUAUGACUACCCGGUUAUGUUUUGUCUCCUCUCUUAAAAAUCGGUGUAACGUCAUUCAUCUUCCAAUCAUAAGAGACGAUGGCUUUUCACAAGGACAUAUUAACUAAGGAUGCGAGAUGAUUGAGUAUUUCGCUCUUUGUUUCUAUAAGUAGCUCAGGAUGUAUUAAACUAUCUGGUCCUCGAUUUUUAUUUGUUUUGAGGGACAGGAGAGCAUUAAGGACUUCAUUGGUAUAAUCAUUUAAAUACUAGACAAAGUAUGAACUGAAUUUCCAUUAAUACAGAUGUCAUCGCUGCAUGGUGUUG